AAUUUUGCGAAGGAAUCGAUAAACAAAAUUUGAAUGUGAUGCAGUUACAAACGUAUUAAGCGUUUGAGGCGGGAGAUAUUUUAUAUUAUAUAUAACAAAAGGGUCGCAGAGGCAGCUUUCUUGACGGCGAUUACAUUGUCAGUACUGUAUACGUAUUCAGAAGUCAGAUGCUAGCAUUAAAGUUGUUCACGAGCAUUGGUUGUUUGAUACAUGUGUCUCUGAUAGUUGUCUGAAAAACAUCAAUCAUCAAUUUUUGACAAAGGCGUACGUUGUCGUUUGCUAUGUGUUUAUUGGAUAUUUAUGCUUUAUUUCGCUUGCAUAAAACCAAUUUAGGUGAACGGUUAACCUGACUGACGUGUAGAGCUGCAUUAAAGCUGCAGCGCCAAGCAAACUGGUGCCAACCAACUAAAUGUACUCUAGUGAUAUUUGCCAAAACUAGAGAAGGAAAGAUAUCAAAUUAAUAUAACUAAAUUAAUGAUAGAUUCAUUUCAGUCGAUGUGGCUAAUGUUAUACAAUUGCGCUUGCCUUUAUCAGAUCUCAAUAUCAUUUUUUGUACUCUUGGCAACGCGGAAUACUCGUGACACAAACAUACGUACGUACGUUCAUAUAUAGUUUGUUUUAUAAUUAACAGGGUUGGGGUGAAUAAAAGCUUUCAAUUGUGCACAAGUAACUAACACGAUACGAGUAAAUUGGAUUUCUACACACGGAAGAUAAACCUUUGUUAAUCAGGUGUCCUACGCUCAAAAAUGUCACAGUUUAUUUACACCAUUCCGGUAUUUUGCUAGAAUAGACAAAGGUAAAAAGAAGACGUAAAAUUUAUAUGUUGAUAUAUAAUGUACGUUUAUUUUUUUCUAGUCACAUAAAAAUUGGUUUCCACUUUCUUAUCAAGUAUACUUAAUUUGAUGUUCGUAUCUACAAUUUCUUACUCCUCCGAAGUAUUGUUUGCACUUUCUUACAUUGUUUAAACUUAAUUCUAGAUGAAAUUCAAAAACUUGAAAAACUAUUAUAUGAUUACACUGCUGUUGUCGAUAAAAAUAUUGCUUUUUGUUCGAUUGGCGUUAGGAAAAGUUGAGGUAAAAAAUCGACCUCACAUAGUGUUUGUAUUAGCAGAUGAUUUAGGGUACAACGAUGUUGGUUAUCAUAGAGGUUCGGACAUAAAAACUCCGUGCAUAGAUAAAUUAGCAACCACAGGUACAAGGCUCGAGAAUUAUUACGUGCAACCAACAUGUACACCCAGUCGGACUCAACUAAUGAGUGGACGUUAUCAAAUACACACCGGAAUGCAGCAUAGUAACAUAUCACCUAGUAAGCCUUAUGGACUACCUUUGGAUAACAUUUUACUGCCAGAACAACUUAAAGCUUGUGGAUACAAGACACACAUGAUUGGAAAAUGGCAUCUCGGCUUCUACAAAAACAAGUACUUGCCAUGGAAACGGGGUUUCGACAGUUUUUUUGGAAUCUUAACUGGGGGUGCAUCUUAUUAUUACCACGUCAAGAAAGACAAUGCUUUAGAAGGAUUCACCAUGUACGACUCUCAGUUUGGUCCUACAAUGAAUUAUUUUGGAAAAUACUCAACGGACAUUUACUCUGACAAAGCCAGUGAUAUCAUUACAAGACAUAAUAAAAGCAAACCACUAUUUUUAUAUUUGGCCCAUCAAGCGCCCCAUGCUCCAUUAGAAAACCCACCCGGAUUAUCUAAUCAUUAUGGUCACAUAAGCAAUAAGAAUAGACGAAUAUACGCUCGAAUGGUCUCUUAUAUGGAUAAAUCCAUAUGUAAGCUGGAACGGAAUUUGAAAAAAGCAUCUUUGUGGGACAACACAAUAUUUAUAUUCUCUACUGACAACGGAGGUACACCAUUUUUUGGCGGAAACAAUUGGCCACUGAGAGGGACGAAAAAGACGCUUUGGGAAGGCGGAAUCAAAGCAGUAGGAUUUGUUAAUGGGGGUCAUAUUAAAAAACUGAAGCCCGCAGUUAAUGGACUCUUUCAUAUAAGCGAUUGGAUGCCCACGUUACUACAUGCUUCGAAAUGUCCGAUUUUGAGGAAUACUCCGCCUUUAGACGGGAUUAAUCAGUGGAAUAUUUUAUCACAGAAAGGCAUUUCAAAAAGACGGGAGAUUCUUCAUAAUAUUGAUCCACUGACUAUGGAACUAGUAAGAGAGGACAGAAAUACAACUUUGAACGUAUUCGACGUAAGAAUAAAAGCAGCUAUACGGCACGGGACAUGGAAAUUGAUAACAGGAAAUCCUGGUAUAGGCGAUUGGAUACCGCCUCCUGAAUACGACUUGAAGUCGAUUCCGUCGUCGACACGAGGCCUCGUUCAACUGUAUAAUAUCAGAAAAGAUCCUUCUGAAAAAAAGAAUUUGGCAUCACGCCACCCGGGUAUUGUAACUUGGCUUCUGAAAAAACUUGCACAAUACAACAGCACGUCAGUUCCAGUUGUGUUUCCAGAUUCCUCUACCUUGUCUAAUCCCGAAUUUCACUGUGGAUUUUGGGCGCCCUGGAUGGGCAAAAAAAUAAAGUUUCCUGAAAAAGUUUGUAGUAUUUCGAAGCUUAAAUGGCAACAAGUUGCAAAAUUUUCUCGUUUGUAACAUCGCGAUUUCAAUUUUUUUCUGUGUGAUAAGAAACUUGACUGACAGAAAAAUGGCUGAACUGAAUUUUGAAAUAAGCCAAUAGGUAAAAGUAUUAGCAAACAACUCGGAUUUCUUAUGAUCUAUGACUGAUUUAAUGAAAACAAAUUCAAGUAAGAAUGUUCAAAUGUGGUCAAAUUAUACCUUGGCUCAGUAUAUUUUCAUUAGUAUUAGUUAAUUUUUAUAUUAUAGAUUCAUUAGUUUCAUAUCGCCUAUUUUCUUAAUUGCUUUCUGUGCACCACUUGCUUGCACAGGCUCGUAUUACCAGCAUGUAUGAAAUCGUUUUUGGUUUAUUUUAAAGAUCUGCCUGUUGUAAAACAUGGAGAAUAUUUAUAAUCAAGUUUUUUAGGUUUUUUUUCUGUAUUUUUUAUUGGAGCAGAAUCUAUAUUUGCAAAAAAUCUUAUCACAACAAGCACCAAAUGCGAUGACAACUUACAAAAUCAUCGCUUUAUGUCCGGGCCUGCCUCAGACCAGAGCAAGACGACAACAAAAUCACUCUAAUGCAGGGGUCACCAACCCGUUGCCCGCGGGCACCAAGUUGACCGCGAAGACCACAUGAGUCGCCCGCAGGUCUGUUCCAAAAUAAGCUUAAUAACGGCGUUUAUAAGUAAGCUACAUCAAUUAAUUUUUGUCAUGUUAUUCUUGUAUAAAUCACACUUAUGUCUUAUCUGGGAACUGGGAAUGACACUAUGUUAAUUAUUAUGGUAACGAUCAUCCUAACUUUAAUUUGACCUCAGUAAUGUGACGGGUCAUUUAAUACUCUCCCAAUUAUGACAUCACACAGAUGUCACCUUCUGCGAACCCCCGUUUUUUCGUAUCCGUUGAUUUGUGGAGAAGCAAUGCCAAUAAUACAAUUAUUGAUUUAAAAGAAAAACGAAAUAAAACCUACCAUUUUCUUCCUUUUACCACCAUACAAAGCAGUCUGCGUAUGUCUCAUUUGCGGGGCGAUUAUAGCAACAACAAAGCGAAGAGACAUUUCACAUGUCACUAUCCAUUCGCCAGCGCAGUACGGGCAGAAAAGCCCGACAUUUAAAUCAAACAGCAAUCCUCUGUUACGAGAUCAGUGUUUAGUUCAAGCUAUCUUUGUGAAUCAACAUUUUUUGACAUGAACUUCACAAGGAACUAAGCACGGAAUACGCCUUACUGAUGAAAAUCUGCAAUACUCGCUCAGAGUUACAGUGUCAAGUUACACGCCGAAUUAAUAAGUUACACGUGUUGCGAAAUUUUCGUAAAAUUGUAAAUAUGAAGAAAAUGAAAAAAUAGAUUAUGAAAAGACGUUGAAAUCCCAGGGAAAUGAGAGAGAAAAAAGAUGCAAUCGCUCUGGGACAUUUAAAAUAUUACUUUUACCAUACUGCUUUUCUCCGUGCUAUAUAGAUUAUAAUCACCAAUGGGUUUUCACGAUUUUGCCAUUUGCAAAGAACAGGCUGGUUUAACAGCUUGAUGCAUCUAAUAACUUAUCAUAUCUUGUUGCAUUGUUCUAUAGUCAAGAAUAUUAGGUGGGUAUGAGUUUAAUUAAUACAAAUUUUCAAACGUCUACAUAGCUAAUGAAACAUCUCGGUUAAGAUGAUCUACCGAUCAUGUCUUUAAUUCGACAUUACAUUUCACUGCAUAAGAAAAUCAAAUGGGCAUAUUUUUUGAAAUUUACGUAUUGAAAAAGAGUACUCUAUACUUUGGCCUUCUCUUUCAUUUUAUUUAUAUUGUAGAACCAUCGAACUUCCGAAGCGAAAAAAUAUUGAAUAACUCGUGUGUUUUCAACCUUACGAACAACCAACAGAUAAUCCUCUUGAAUUGUAUGUCAUAAUACGAAUUGAGCUGAGCGAAUACACAGACUCUGUGACAGGAAAAAAGAUAUUUUCUGAAUCCACCAAACCAUGUUAAAUUAUGUAUGGAUGUAAUGUAGAAGAAAAUAAUAACACUACUGAACAUUUCACAGAUGUCGCAAGUACGUCACGCAAGUAAUAUCCGAUAUAUCAUUCUGGUUCACCUCCUACCCAUACCGGUAGUUUGUUUAGAAUCUAUUGUUGUUGUUGUUUCUAUGAUUUGAUAUAAUUGAAUAAAGAUUACAUUUUGAGUUACUCCUUAGCUACAUGCUGCUAUAAUUAACACGAAGGGUUUCGCUGACUAGAUGGCUACUUGAUUAUUUCGUAACCUCUUUUUGUCCGUUUUUGCAAUUUAUUAAAUGUAUUUAUUUUUUUUUCUCGCUUUAUGUUUUAUAUCGGUUUUUGCGCGACGAAAAUAAAUGUCAGAAUCCUUUA